GAAAGAAGCUUCGAACUCUUCAAGAAUUCCACACAAACAAUGUCUAGUGUUUAUUUACAAUUGCCGCAACAACAACAAUAGCACCAAACGCUCAACUUUUACUAAACACACACUUAGCUCGCACGAAAUAUCUAACCACUUUACUGCAAACUACUGGAUUUCACGCAAAAACAUCAAAAAACCAAAAAUAAUAAUAUCCAAAUAAAACCAAAAAUUUCACGCCUCAAACCCUCCCAAUUGAGUUCGGCAAAACAUUUGCCAGCAGCAAUUUUUCUUUAGCACCAACAUCACACCCGCCACCACGCUAYCAUGCCACGCUGCCUGAUGGCGAAGAAAUGGAAAGCUUAUCCCUGGCUCGAACGCAUCGAGGAUAAUACGACGGCCGUGGCGGUGGCGGACGACAGCGACAAAUCGCAAGCGACCGUUUUAAGUCACGAAUUGUUGCACAAACGCAGCGUGGCGGCAGCAUCACCCAGCCCGCAACAGCAGCAACAAACGCAGUACAAUAGAAGAUCGUCAAAGUCGCGGCGCUCCACCAUCGAUGAUGAUGAGGAGAUCGAUGUAGUGGGUGAUAAUGCGCACGCUUUAGCCGCAGCCGGCACAGAGUUGCAGGAUAACAGUAAAGUUAUAACAACGGCUGCAUGCAAUGCAGCUGCUGUAGCGGCUGGCGGUAAUGGUAGCACACCAACGGCUACGUGUUGGGGCCCUUCGUCGCCGACAGCGGGCGCUACAGCGCCGAGUCCACCACCACAUUCACCAGAGGCGGCAACGCGCGGUGCAACGGCGUUGUAUAACGGUUUCGGCCAUGAAGCUUCGCCCAUGCACUACACAGCGUACCUGCCACGAAUGGAAAAUGGUGAAGUUACUGUAAUUACAAAUGCCGUUGCGGCAGCGGCGGCGGCGGCAGCUGCAGCUGCUGCUGCUGGCGUCACUGGACAUCACAGCCUACCAACGCUCCCGCACGCACAUCCGUAUUCGUCAUUUGUGCACACGCCGCCGCCUUCGACCGCCUCCUCGCCUUCAGCAUCGCCAACGAGUCACAGCAGCCAAAACCACAACAACAAUAGCAGCAGCAGUAGUAGUAGCAGUAGUCACAGCAGUGAACGCCUUAGUCCGCCCAUGAUACGCAUCAAAACCGAAGCGCCAAGCGAUGAGCAUGCACAACAACACCACAACAGCAACAACAACAACCGAGUAACUAGCGAGUCGAGCGUAUUGCGCAAUAAAUCGUUGGCAAUGUGCUUCACCAGCACUGGCGCGGCGCUGUCGCUGCCACCCAAAAAGAAAGACAUCUACCGUCCAUACUCGCUGGACGACAGGCCGAGUGUCGAGCGUUUGCGCACGUCCUACGAGAGUUUGCGUAUACCAGCGGAAGAGGAUCUGCAUGCCGCACACGCCAUACUCGAUUUGAGUGCUUCCACAGCCUUCCAUCCGCCAAUACAGCCACACCAGCUGCAACAGCCGCAACCGCUGCAGCUGCAAGAGACAGCAGUGGCGCCGUCUACGACACACCAACAGCAACAUCCGUUACAUCACAUCACACACGCGAUACAGCUGCAACAACAACAUGAUGCCGCAGCAGCGAGCAUGCAACACACGGGCGCAUCCAUUGCUGAUCUGGCGGCCGCGGCUUGCGUCGCCAACGAACAGCGCCCCAGAAGCACGGCCUCACUGCAAAGUGUUUUAAGUGCCAGUGAUAGCGAUCGACAGCCGAGCUCGCCGGCAAGCAGCGUGCAGAAUGAGAACAGCAAUACCACAAAUCAACUAACGGCGCUACAGUUGCCAGCAUCAGCGAAUGGCGCCAACAAAACGGUCGCCUACACCUACGAAGCCUUCUUUGUGAGCGACGGCCGUUCGAAGCGCAAGCAUGUGGCGGACCCGGCGGCUGUGGUGCAGCAAGAUCAGCAACGCGCAAAGUACACAUGCACCGAAUGUGGCAAGCAGUAUGCCACAUCGAGUAAUCUGUCGCGUCACAAGCAGACACAUCGCUCGCUCGACUCGCAAUCGGCCAAAAAGUGUCACACCUGCGGCAAGGCGUACGUUUCGAUGCCUGCGCUCGCCAUGCACUUGCUCACGCACAAGCUAUCGCACAGCUGCGAUGUCUGCGGCAAGCUCUUCUCGCGCCCUUGGCUGCUGCAGGGCCAUCUACGCUCGCACACCGGUGAGAAGCCCUACGGUUGUGCGCAUUGUGGCAAAGCCUUUGCGGACCGUUCCAAUUUGCGUGCACACAUGCAAACGCAUUCUAUCGAUAAGAAUUUCGAGUGUAAACGCUGUCACAAGACAUUCGCGCUCAAGUCGUACCUCAAUAAGCAUCUCGAGUCGGCAUGCCUCAAGGACGAGGCGGACAUGCAGUUCGAUAGUGACUUGAGCAAUGAUAUGGUCUCACCAUCACCAUCCGUCGAAGAUUAUCCGCUAACGCCGACGGCACAACAGCACGAACAGCUACAGCAGCAGCGACGUUUCCUCUGCUCGUCACCAACGCCGUCGGCGGUGAAAAUUGGCAGCAUCAGCGCGCUGACGAUACCAAUGCCGGUGACGGCGGCGGCGACUUCAUUGGCUGUCGGCGCCCUGGUGAAGGUGGAGGCGCCUUUCGUUGGCUAAAAUCAACACGCACUUGCUGGCACGCAGCGCGCAGUGGAGUGUUCGGCUGAGCAAACAGUCAGCAGAGUAAGCAGCGUUAAGUGGCCCUUUGGUGCAAUUGUAAGUAAUAUUUAAGCGCAAGCAGGUAGUUAACGAGUGGAGAACUUUUAACGUAGUUGAAGUGCAAAAGUUACGGUUUUGUUGCAAGCAUACCAAAGCGCACGCCACAUACAUGCAUAUUUUGUGUAAGUGUGUGUGUGCGUGUGACUUAUUGACGCGUGAACAAGGCUUAUUUGCUUGAACCAGUGUAUAUUAACCCUUAAGUGGGGCAGAAAUUACCAGUGACAGUAUGAUUAGUAUAAAAAUUAUUUAUUUUUGCGAAAACGAAAAAAAAAAAUUAAAUACGCAUUUUUGUGUAAAAUUU